GGUGGGAACGCCCAGGGGUCGGCGAAAAGGAUUUCUCGAUGACGCCCUUUGAUCCACAUCCCGGCUCUUCGACUUGUUCUCGUCGCGCUCACCACCUUCGCUGACUGCUUAGCUCUCACAACCCAACAACAACACCCGCAAUGAUAGCUAUUUUCUCAUCAACGACACAAAGAGAAUCAAGCAAACGAAUUGGUGGUAUAACAGCCAUCCUAUAUCCUGAUUCAGCUUCGCAACUCGUGGAACGAGGCACAAACUGUCCACGCAGGGAGUUACACACUGCGCAGGCGCUGUUCGACUCAAAGGGACGGAUCAACCAGUCUGUAUCCUAUUGUGGGAUUACGUAUGUCUGACAAGUUGCUCCUCGAGCAGCUGGGAUUGAAUUUCUCGACCCUGAAAAUUAGGAACCGGCAGGAUGGCUUGAGAUCAACGGCGAUAUCAUCUUCGUGGCUGCAUGGAGCUAAAAAGCCACAAGCAUAUGUGACGGCUCAACCAUGGAGAAAUAUCGACGCCAAUACCAUUGACUAGCCUAGCUCGGACCAGAACAAGGUUCUGGACGGAAGAGCAGGAGUCCACACGGAAAACCUAACGGGGAUCCCCUAACUAUUCGACUGACGUUGCCUCUGAUGGUCUGAAGGAUGCGCAUGGCCAAUGAAAGCCGAUUCACUCGCUUGCGGGCUUCACCAGUGGGAGAAGCUGGUUGGCUAAUUAUGCAGGAGUCCAGGGCCUGUUUACAACCAGCUCUUAUGCAUAACCUGCAUAUCACAACACCAACCAGGUCGCGUGAGGCGUCCAAUUUUUCUUUCCACGACAGAUUUGCGGUGGAGGCGAAAAUUCAAUUGAGCGCUUACUCAACUUUAAAAAAAGGAGAGAACAAGCGCAGUAAAUUCAGCUUCAGCCAAUGUCUAGACCCAGCUCCCUCGCGCCCUUGUUCCAUUGACGUAAACCCAUGCAAUGGCUGGGGGGUCACCUUGCACAUAAUUCGCUGGCAAUGUUACCAUGAGUGGAAGAAAAUUUUGAUGUCCUGCGUGCCGUCUAGGGAGCUAGGGUGGAGUUUGAAGCAUAACCAGACGUGCGUGACUGGUUUCUUCAUGUCAACACUCGUACUCUGUGCACCAGGUUGAGACAUGAUGUAUGCAUGGCUAAUAUGUGUGGGACUGCACAUCGGUCUUUCCCAUGGUCCGAGACUAUUUUCGAGUUUCUUAUCGAAAUGCGAGUCUCAGAUUCGUUAUUUUCAUCUUCUCCCGUUCUUAUAUUCCCUUUAUUACAGGACGGUGGUAUAAUGGGCAAA